GCCAAAGACAGACGGGCGCAGCAGCAGCAGCAGCGAAAACACAACAACAGUCAGCCGCAGUCGACGACGGUCGGUCACACCAACAGGGUUGUGUUCGUUAAACGUUGUCUCGCUUCAACCUGUUCGCGCCUUCGGAGUCCGAGUGAUUUUUUUUGCAUAAAAAACAUAAAAAAAAAGAAUUAAUAAUAGCCUUAUUGUACUUUACUUUCGAGGUGUAUAGUUUUGCGCGUGAAGGAUCUCGCCGUCGAUUGGGGAAAGGAAAAUCGUGUUUCCUAUCAAAAAUUGACAGCUGCCGGUUAUGAGGAUUGAAGAUGGAUAGCGGCAACGAGACCCUUUUCUCGGAGGACUCAUCGCCGGACUCUGCGGCGCCGCCGCCGUCGCCAAGCAGCGGUCGAGGCAGCCAACAGCCUACGCCUGCGCCCACUCCGCCACACAUCACGUCGUCCUUGUCCAAGGGAAGCAGUGUCAUACGUCCGGUAGCCUUCAAACCAGGUUCAAUGCGAUUCACCGACAAUGGAGAAAGAUAUGGCUCCACGCCGAUCUUAGCUAGAUCAUCACAUAGAAAUCUAUAUGGCAGCACCAACGAGCUUCACCGUCAAUCGAACAAACCUAACAUGAUAUCGUCGGGAACGUUAGACCGAAAACUCCGUUCGGCAUCUCCGAUGGUCAUGUCAUCUUUGCCGGCGCAGACAAAUUAUAAAUUCCGGCUGGGUCAACCAGAAGAUUUCAAAUCAUCCUCAUCAUACAGUUCCUACAGAGAUUAUCGACCUAGUUCCAAGUCGUUCUCGAGACUCAACAAACGGUGUUCGGCGUCCGAAGGGUCAGCCAGUUUAUUGGACCUGACACCGUCUCCGUCGGAAUCGACCAUGUUAUCCGAGAUGGAAACCGCUCUGAAAGACAGGGAUCGCGAGUUGAGGCAUCUCCGGCAAACGAUGGAGCACAACGAACACGUGAUAUUCAGGGUUUACCAAGAGAAAGAGAACGCUUGGGAGAGAGAGCUGCGGAGGAUCAAGACAAUGGGCGACAAUCGGUUGAAAACGGCCGCACAAAAGUCGUUGAAACUAGAACAAAUGCUGAUGAAGCAAACUUACAAGUUGCAAGACGACAAGAAACGAUUGCAAGACGAAAACGAUCGGAUUACGUCGGAAACGUGCAACCUGAGGAGAGAAGUGGACGAGUUGAAGACCCGGUUGGAAGAAACCGAAUGGGGGCUUUGUCAGAAAUCCGGCGAGCUGUCGCACGUCAAGUCGCAGUUGAAAGAUACACAAAACGAUCUAGCGGCCAAAGGCCACGAAGUGAUCACGCUAAAAUCGGAAAUCCGGGAUCUUUUGCAAAAGCUCGAAGCGAAAGAACGUCGAAUCCACGAACUCCAAGUGAAGGACGACCCCGACGUGAUCAACGAGGACAGUCGGUCGUUAUCGGACCAGCUCUAUUUGUUGGUCCGGCGACUCAACGAACAAGUGGAAGGCGAACUUAGCAAAUGCAAAAUGUCCGAGUGCAGCACCGAAGAUCUGUCUCGGUUUCCGAAGAAAGAAAUCGAGACGGACUCGUUGGAUGAAUUCAAAGAACUCGAGUAUCAUACCGGCAAGCUAAUCCAAAUGUUGAACGAGGAACGGAGAAACUGGGACCAGGAGAGACUCAAGUGGUUCCAGGAGAAAGAAAAGGUCCUGUGUUACCAAAGGCAGUUACAGAUGAACUACGUGCAAAUGUUUAGACGGACCCAGGCGUUUGAAGCGCAAAUCGAGAACCUCACUGUCCAAAUGAACGUCUGCACGGACCAUUGUGCUACGGGCAAAGGUUCUAGAAAGCCCACUGUGAAGGCCAUAAACGCUAUUAAACUUUAGGUGUUAACGUUAAUGGAGAGUUUUUACCAUUUUUAAAAAAAAAAAUUUUAAUGUAUUCAAUUGAUGAUUAAUAUUUAAUACUCGUACAUUUUAAUGUGUAUUAAAAAAAGAGUGCAAAUUUUACUUUAAACUUAUUAUAUCAUAAUAUGUAUUGAUUAUAAUUCCAAACAUAAUAAAGUAUAUAUUUAUAUUA